UUCUCUCUGCGCUCGUCGAUCGACUAUAACCUGCAAAUCGCUCGUGUCGCGGAGCGAGCUCGCGCAUUCGACUGAUACUUACGCGACCGUACUAGAGAGAGGUAUCCUCGGCGAUUCCUCAGUGAGGCUCUGUCCCCGUCGUCUACGUGAGUCUCGUCAUCGGCGGCCCUCGAGGGAGCACUUGGUCGUCGCGGAAGUAUGCCUGAACGAAAGUCGAGGGCGAGCUGCAUUAGCCGGAACGUAGGUUAAAGCGCUCCGUCAUUAGGGACUGUCGGUGGAAAGUGCUGGUCGAUUCGGUACGCGAUGGACGUGGAGAAAAUCGCGAUGUUCGCCGGUGUGGGAUUCGCCAUCGCCGUUGGCCUCUUCGUCCUGUGGGGCCCAUCGCCCAAGCCCAGGAAAAAAGGUCAAGUUGUUGGGAUCAACAAUUUGGGAUAUACGUGUUUCCUGAAUUCUCUUUUGCAAGCGCUGGCUGCUUGCCCCUCAUUUAUUUGCUGGCUUCAGAGGCAGCAGGAGAAGAAGGAUAGAAACUUUGCUGACACGCUGCUUUCCGUUCUCAAAAAAAUCAACGGUUUUGCGGACGACCUGUAUGGCAAUGUGACACCCGUCGAAAUUAUCUCUUCCGUCGGCUCGUUGUGGAAUUUUGGGCCUGGUCAUCAAGACGCUCACGAGCUGUUCCAUGUAGUUCUCAGCGCGUUAGAUGCUGAAAUGCAACCUGUGAAUAGGAAAGGUUGUUUAUCCGAUGCACUGCCACCAAGUCCGAUUAUCAAACCAGAUGUAAGAGGAACGGGUGAUACCUUGAAUCUCAGAAGCGCCUCCUGCAAUGACAUCGCGUCAGUGAAGAACAAUUCCGACAAACCGAAGGGCUUUGAUAAAAACUGCAACAAUCAGAUGAUGACCUCGACUUCGUCCAUACCUAUGUCUCCGAGCACGUGCAAGCCCGGUAUGAUACUCGCUAGAUCAUCAGAGCUACUGUCGCGAAGCAUUCAGAGUAACGGCGACUGCACGAACCUCUUCAAAUCGUGGAAAUCUCUGUGCGCCAUGCCGUUCAUCAACAUUCCCUCGGUGUCAGUGGAGACGCAUCCGUUCUCAGGCCUGAUCACUAGCCAAGUUCAGUGCAGCAACUGUUUCUGGAAGUCUUCAGUGCGUUAUGAUAAGCUUGAAACCUUAUCGUUACCAUUACCACCACUCACUUCAUCGUUCGUGCCGCAGCAUCACACUUUAGAGCGGCUGCUGUCGCAUUUUGUGGACAGCGAAAUUGUGCGUGACGUACAAUGCGAUGGAUGCUCAUCGCGUUGCACUGCCAUCAAGACUCUCACUCUCGGCAAACUGCCCAAGUGUUUAUGCUUGCACAUCCCGAGGACCACAUGGAGCUCUUCGGGUAUGCCAAUUAAAAGGGACGAUCAGAUCACGUUCCCCGAAUUUCUGGUGCUAGAUCCCUACACUUAUACGGAGACGAAAAAGAGAAGCGCGCAGGGCGACGCAAAGUUUCUCGGUAACAGUUUCAUGACGAUACAGGGUAAACAUAAGUACCGGUUGUGCGCGGUAAUCGAGCACCGCGGCCCGGUGGACUCCGGCCAUUUCGUUUGCUUCAGACGUGGAAACAAAGCAGAUCAAUGGUUGUACACGUCCGACGUCAUUGUCGAGAGUGUGUCAUUGACGCAGGUGCUGCUUGCCAGUCCGUACCUGCUGUUCUACGAGCGCAUCAAGAGCGUUUAUCCUAGUUAGGAACAAAUUUUCGAGUGAUAGGCAAACUAAAAAAUUACGAAAUAACGCGUGAUUGAUAACCAGUCCACUCUUUUUAGCCAUGCUUUCUCUCUUGCGGUUUUAAAGCGGUGCAAUGACUUAGCGACGAAAAUCAUACGGAAGAAUAGAAAUUGCAAGGAAUUAUAAACAACAGUAGAAAACACAGCUAGAAAGAAUGGAGGAUUUGCGAAAUACAAGAGACUGUCGAAUUUUCCAUAAUGAGUUUAGUAUCGUUCGAUGUUGCGCGAUAAUCCUUUGUUAUAAUAUACGACUACGAAGCCCGCGUCCCUAGGUGAUAUUUUAUAGCAGCAGUGAAAUGUAUCCAGUAAUAUAAUCUGAAAUUCAGAAGUAUUUCAUUCGCGACGGAUGCGUUAAUAAUUGCCAUUAUUAAACGCUGACAAAUCUGCUGAAACAGUUUCGUGAAACAAAAAUUUCUCGCUUCUAUAACACAUAGUGAUAGUAGAUUUCUACAAAGGAAGACUGUCGAUUCUUAUAAAUCCUUUGAUCAGUUCAUCAUUAUAUCUUUAUUUUAACAAGAACUAAGAUCGUGCCAAUAACAAAUUCUUCAUAUUAAAUUUAUUGAGGAGGAUAAGCAAGAUCUUGUAUUUUUUAUUACGUUUAUAUUUGGGACUCUGAGCCCUCGCGUAUAGUGCAAUUGUUAGAAAUACUAUUAUCGAAGACUGCGAAUUUAUUAAUUUGUAUAUAUCAAAUUAUCCUAUCUCCUUUCUCUGAUUGGCAUAAAGGAAUAUGCGAAUUAUCAGAAUAAAUUUACUUUAAGAACAUUAGGUACGUAAACGUGUAAUUUAAAGUCUUAUAAAAAAACAUAUAAAGUAAAAUAAAAUUUAGAAUGCAGGAACCAGA